AUGGCAGAUAACCUCUCUGGCCUGGGGCGUGAAGUGGAGCGCCUAGUGACGGCUCCAUAUGCGCCCUCUCUCCAGGACUUGCAUGCACUUGUACAGAGCUCUUCUAUAGCUUCAUUAUCUUCAUGGGCCUCGCGCAAGCCAUGCCAGGUUGGAGUCUUGGCUGAUAUCCUUGUCGACGGCCUGUCUCGUUCCAAUUUCACUCUGGACCUCAUUAGGACUUUCGCUCGUCUCGAGCCUUUUCGUAACGCUUUACUUGAACGUUAUCCCUAUAUAUUGGACCAAUUCCUGCAGAGGUCUGAAAAUGGUGAACCCCAGUUUAUCUCGACAUGCGUUGCAAUGCUUUCUUCGCCUCUACCGCCCUACUUCAUUGUCCCCGCACGCCUGGCAUCCUUUAUCACCCAUCUGAUUACCUCCAUUGGCGAAAAUCCCUGCGCUGAGACAAUACUACCUCUCUAUCAGCUGAUGACUGGCCUUCGAACCACUCCGCGAGUUCUUCUUGAAGUUCCAUCAGAGAUCAUAUCUAACCUUCAAGUUGAGUUAACAAACACCCUUCGUAACCUUGAUGACCAUACAGGGAACCUCCUUUGCCUCGCAACGUUUGCGCAAAUAGCAUCCUCGAAUAUUCCCCAAAUGAAUAACAGUCCAGAGCAGCGCCCAUCUUGGUUGCAGAAUGUCAAGCAUUUCUUCGGUUCCAAACGAGGCUUAAAGACCUUGGACCUUGUCGUUCUGCGAGUUAUACUAACUUGCUCCGCCAGUUGCAAUGGUUUAACUGCCGAGCAAGCAACGGAGAGUAUCCGGCUAGCCAUCGAAAUAUGUGACAUUGUAGAACCGGAGCAGAGAGAAUCUUGGAUUGGUGCUAACUCCACCAAAAUUGCCAAAUUGUGCGAGAAGGUAACAAGGUCUGGCAUUGAUCGGGGAGUGCAGAUUUUGGGCGCAACUUUCAUGGUUUCCCUUCUUCCGGCUUCUGCUUUACCUCAUGGCAUCCCCGAACUGGCGCUCCAGUGGCUUCUACAUAAAGACGGUGAUCGUGUACUCGAGCUCCUGCCAUUGACCUACAUUCCACGAUUGGUAGAGGCAAACAUUGUAUACUCGGGACCAGCGGUUGCAAACAAGCUGCUGGACUACGUGAUCAGUUCAUUGCAGCCAAACCAGGCAGCACAGACUCCAAGUAUUAACACGACUCAGAUAGCAAGGUCAAUCCUUGCUGGCCUGCAGGGUCUGGAGUCCCAGAUUCUUAGCUCCGCCGUUGCCGAAGUAGCGGUUAGACAGUGUCGGGAGAACAUCAACGGGCUGCUUGAAAGAUCCCCCCGGCGAUAUUCCGUAACAACCUGCCGAGACUUCGAUACCUGUCAAGCUUCGGUGGUUCAAUUGGAGAAUGGCCUGCUUAAUGAUUUAUUCAGCUUCUACUUUCGGUCAGCACUUAUGAUGAAGUCGAGUGGCCAGUUUGACUAUGCGAAUGAGAUGAGUACGUUUGGGUUGUUCAUCUCUAGAUCCAAUGAAGCUGUACCAGGCAUCAGAUGUCAGUUCUGGGAAACAAAACCUCUGGAGUUCCAAAACGCCUUUUCAUCCCUCAAGAUCCAUGACCAGUCACCCAGCCCAAGACAAGACUGGCGAACCGGGAUAGCCAAAACCCUUGAGUGGAAUUCCCGCAUGGGCUAUGAUAACAUGAUGCAAAAAAUCGAAGAGAUUUGUUACGAUCUCGAAAACCGUUGCAAUGGCGUCGAGGCCCCGUUGAGAGCAGUAGAGGACGAGCGCAACAGGCUGCUUAAAGAAGCGGAAGAACUGAACUCUCACAAUAAAAAACUAUAUUCGGAGUUAAAGCAAGCAUCCGGAACGACCUAUAGUCUCCAACAAGAUAUUUUUCGCCUGGAAUCUCAGGCAGAAACUGCCUCGAGCCGCAUCGACCAGUUGUCGGCCAGUCUUGAAGUCGCACGGAAAGACCUCAACGACCAGCGACUCGAAUCCCAAGAAUCGGCCAACAGCGAGCGCGAACAAGCCAGGUCCAGAGAGUUAGAGCUUAUUGCUUCUUCAACUGAAAUGGAGGAAAAAUUAGAUGACUUACAAGAGAAAAUUGUGAUGCAAAGAGAGGAGAAUGACAGCUUGAGGGAGGAAUUGAAUAUGAUGGGAGAAGAAAGGUCGGCUUACUCGAAGGUGAACGAUUCUUUAGAACAACAGCUACUGGACUUGGAACGCGAGUUUGAGGCGCAGAUGGAAGAGACGCACAGACACUUGGACCAGCAAAGCGACCGAAUUGACCAACUCCUAGCUGAUCAAAGCGAAGCCGGGAGUCGGGAGGAAGGGCUACAAGCUAAGUUAUCGGAGGAGGAACUGGAAUCCGACAGGCUUAAGACCGCUCUUCAGCAGUUGGUGGAAAGCCACAAAACAGAAGUGAACACCCUUCAGGAGCACUUCGAGACACAGGUUUCCAAAAUGACCGCCGAGUCCGAAAAGCAAAGAGAUGAAAUUGCUUCUCUUCAGGCCGAUAUGCAGGCAUCCGCAUCUAGUGCCACCAAAGAGCUCCAUGCAAGAGAUAAGAGAAUCCAGUACCUAGAGAAAAAGAUACAACAUAUGCGAGAUGAACGAGCAGCCAAAGCACGGGAAUUCUCCGAAGCGCAGCAACACAUCGGCCGGUUAAUGAGUGUAAUGGGCUUCAAACCGGAACCUGCAAACUCCAAGCCUCCCGGCAAGCAACAGCGGUCCAGACCAACGCCGGGCCCAUCCCAGGUUGCCACGGAGGAGAUGCAAACGCACUCUCCCGGGGAGGAUACACAAAGCCAACAAGGCCGACAGAUGGCGGAGUCGUUCGACCUCACUGCAACCCCAACCCCGCCUGGGGAGCGUAGUCCGAAAAGAUCGCGGGAUUAUGCAUUUGCCUUGACCGAAUCACCGACAGCUUCUCACACAUCUGGCAAGAAAUCAAGGGAGUCGGUUUCUCGGCGUGGAACACAACAUUCCCGGGACCGGAAAGUCCUGGAAGAUGCAACCCAAAAUAGCCAACCGAUUACUCAGGCUAGCAGCAUACCUUGCUCCAGUCAGCGAGAUAGUUUUCAAGAAGGUCAAGUGGGCGGGGUGGAUGAUGAGAAUCAUUUGCGGGAAAUUGACCUAGACAUGGAUAUGGAGUUCUCCAAGGACUUCCUGUUUACAAGCACUUCGGUGUCUGAGGCGAAUUACCACAGACCGCUACUUGGGACCCAAAGAUAA